CCGGAGCGGGUGGUCCGGAGGAGUCCUGCAGGGCUGGGUACACGGUGGGGGCGAGAUGUCCCGAAGGGGACAGAGCGCCCUCUCCCGGCGCCGCAGGGACCCACGCAGGCCAGUUAAGCUUCCGACCCGCCUCCUCAGCACCCACCCCCGGGAUACGCGCACCCGGGUGGGAGCACCGCCGCCCGGAGGUCGGACUGCCGGGCGCUGGGGGUCUGCUGGGCACCGACGGCGGAGGCGGCCGGGCGCUCGAGAAGCGGGGACGGGGUGGAGCCGCUCCGGCUGGCAGCCGCGCGGUUCCACCUGUUGCAGCGUCGGAGCGCGCCGACCUCCACUCCCCGCCCCACUAGGCAGGGCCCGGCCGGGCCACGCGAGGAGAGAGCGAGGGCUAGUCCUGCCAGAGAGCGGAGGGCUGCUCCCCGCGAGGUGAGACUUGGGCACAGCCGCGGCGUCGGCGCCGGCGCCCACGGAAGCGCGUCUGCCUGCUGGAUGCGCACAGCGUGGGCGCCGGGCAGCAGGUUCGAGCCUGCAACGCAGCUCCGCGCGGUCCCUCGGUCGGUGCGCCGGCUCCGGACCGGCUGCUGCUUCUAAGCCCGGGCAGCCCGAGGAUCGGGGCGACGCCGCCUCUAGGACGCACCACCGCGGAUCCAUCUGCGGAGGCAACUCGAUAGCCAGCAGACGCCCCCGCGUCCUAGCCAUUGCGGUUUAAGAAGCGAUGGUCAAAGAGACCCAGGCCACUGGGCUCGGCUCACCCGCCGACUUCUGGGGACCCCUCACCCUCUCCCUUCGCUGCCUGGGAAGUUAAAUCGGCCGGAGUUUGCAGAGAAGAUGCGCCACGCCCCCUCCCCAAUCUGAGCCGGGGUGGAAACCCAGCGCACGCACCCUCUCGCCCAGCAGAAGCGACUCUGCGCCCGGACGCGCUCACAUCUUCGCGCUAAGGAGAACUCCAGGGCGGGAGGGGGGAUUGGUGGUGGCGGCGGCGACAAAGCGGAUACGAAACCAGGAGUCUAGGCGGACGUGGGGAGCUGGGGCCGCGAGAGGGGUGGAGGCGGCAGCCCAGGGAUCCUCGCGGCCUCGGGGAGCGUGCGGUGGUCAUGGGCGAGCCGGCCGCAGGGCGCCCGGGAGCCGGCUGAGCACCCUCCCCGGGGUGUGGGCGCGAGUCCACCGGCGCCCACCGGCGUCCCGCGGGGAUCUGGCCCCUGGGCCGGGCCAUGGCCGGCCGAGGUUGCAGCUGCACCCCGGGCCACCUGAACGAGGACAACGCGCGCUUCCUGCUGCUCGCCGCGCUCAUCCUGCUCUACCUCCUGGGCGGCGCCGCGGUCUUCUCGGCGCUGGAGCUGGCGCACGAGCGCCAGGCCAAGCAGCGCUGGGAGGAGCGCCUGGCCAACUUCAGCCGCAGCCACAACCUGAGCCGAGAAGAGCUGCGCGGCUUCCUGCGCCACUAUGAGGAAGCCACCAGGGCCGGCAUCCGCAUGGACAACGUCCGCCCGCGCUGGGACUUCACCGGCGCCUUCUACUUCGUGGGCACUGUCGUGUCCACCAUAGGGUUUGGGAUGACAACUCCAGCAACUGUAGGAGGAAAAAUCUUCCUGAUCUUUUACGGCCUCAUUGGGUGCGCGAGCACCAUCUUGUUCUUUAACCUCUUCCUGGAGCGCCUGAUCACUGUCAUCGCCUACAUCAUGAGAUCCUGCCACCAGCGCCAGCUGCGGAGACGUGGGGCGCUGGCCCAGGACAGCCUGAAGGCCCCGGGGAAGCGGGAGCCAGACAGCUUGGCCGGCUGGAAACCGUCGGUGUACUACGUCAUGCUGAUCCUGUGCUCGGCCUCGGUGCUCAUUUCCUGCGGGGCCUCAGCCCUGUACGCCCCCAUGGAAGGCUGGAGCUACUUCGACUCCCUCUACUUCUGCUUUGUGGCUUUCAGCACCAUCGGCUUUGGGGACCUGGUCAGCAGCCAGAACGCCCAGUAUGACAGCCAGGGUCUCUACCGCUUUGCCAACUUUCUCUUCAUCCUCAUGGGCGUCUGCUGCCUGUACUCCUUGUUCAAUGUCAUCUCCAUCCUGAUCAAACAGUCAGUGAACUGGAUCCUGAGGAAGGUGGACGGUGGGUGCUUCCGUCAAUGCCAAAGAAGACUCUUGCAGUCCCGGAGAAACGCGGUGAUGCCGGGCAGUGUCCGGAACCGGUGCAACAUCUCCAUAGAGACAGACGGGGUGAUGGAAAGUGACACAGAGGGGCGCCGUCUCUCAGGAGAGAUGAUCUCCAUGAAGGACUCCAACAAGGUGGCGCUGGCCAUCCUCCAGAAGCAGCUGUCUGAGAUGGCCAAUGGCGGUCCCCAUCAGACCAGCUCACUGUCCCAAGACGAUGAAUUCUCAGGGGGCGUCGGGGCCUUUGCAAUAAUGAACAAUAGAUUGGCAGAGACCAGUGGGGACAGGUAGAAGCAAGCAGUGGCUGCUGGGCACAGAGGCCUAGGGAUGAGUGGAGGAUGAGAACUGUCAUUCGCAAGAGUCACUCAUCCCUGAGCUUGCUGGCUUCAUCCAGGACGUCCAUCCCAUUAGCGCCUCAUGCUCAGCUUUCGAAAUCUGGGCCUCAGCCCAUGGCCGCCUUCCAGGGCUGGGGAAAUGGGAAAUUCCUUCCCAUCCUCUUAGCUUUACUCUUUACAUCUAAAUUGAAUCUUCUCAAAAUGAAUCACAAACACAGCAUAAGACACUGCCUUAUUGCUCCACUCAUCUCCCUCCAAAGCUUUACAGGAGAUGAAUUUUACGGAAGCCUUGACUUCCCUCUGCUGUAUUCUUCAUGUGUGGUUGAAAACCCUAAAUCUUCCUGGGACUCUGAAUGGCUGAAUUCACCACCUCACCCAGCUGCUUCAAGAAAAAAGAAAGAAUGUUCCCGAAUGUGUCUGGGCCUUCUUUUGACUGGGCUUCCUUCUGAGCAGAUUUGUCAGUGUUUCCCUGGAUAGGGAAAAUAUUCUACUCCGCAUACACAUCUCUCAGAUUUUUGUUUUCCUUUUCUGUUAAUUUUGAAGACCAGAAUGUUCAGCUAAGAUAUCCUGGGACCUCAGGGUGAUAAGAAAACUGAAUUCAGCUUCAGGCGUUUGAAGUGCAACAAGAUGGCGAUAGGGCUGGGAAGGAGAAGAGACCCGCUUUUGUAACUAAAGAACACAGUUUAACAUUUUCUCCUUGGAUGGUCACAUAGGCCAUUUCAUUUUUACCAGGGCUUGGGGUCCAUUGCAGAGAAAAUGACUAUUUAUUAGAACUGAAAAUUUAAUAAAUUCUCAUUUUAUUAA